AGAUUUCGUAUUGAUGAACACUAAUCAGAGUUCUCAAAAAGCAGCCUAAGCAGAGAAAGAGACCAAACAAAGUGUCAGCGUGACAACAGGCUGUGAACACAAAACACCACAAAAAGGGAAAAACAAAUCGAAAACCCAUAAAUACAGAACCACAAUCCGACACACAGCAAACCACCACUAGCAGAGCACAUACACACACACCGACAGAGUCCAGGCACGCGAGGUGUGCAAUAAAAUAAUUAGCACGCGGGGGAAUUGAGUCAUGGGGCUGCAGGCGGCCUCUGGUGCCGCGUUACUGACAGCCUUCGCUAGCGUCCUGCUCCUGGUAUGGAUUCCGCCGUAUGCACUGGCGUCACAUCCACCGGAGAUCAUCAGGAAGCCAUCGAACCAGGGCGUCAGAGUCGGCGGCGUGGCAACGUUUUUCUGCGGUGCACGAGGUGACCCCCAGCCGAACAUUGUCUGGCGGAAGAAUGGAAAGAAGAUUAUGGGUACCCAAUCGCGCUACUCGGUGAUCGAAUCGAACGGAGUGUCGAUGCUGCGCAUCGAGCCGGUACGCGCCGGACGAGACGAUGCACCGUACGAGUGCAUGGCGGAAAACGGCGUCGGGGAUGCAGUUUCCGCCGAGGCAACCCUAACGGUCUACGAACCUGACAAAACACCCGCGGGUUUUCCUGUCAUCACUCAGAGCCCUACGACGCGCGUAAUUGAAAUUGGCCAUACGGCCGUGAUGCAGUGCAAGGCAACCGGAGCGCCACCGCCGAAGAUCUACUGGAUCAAGGACAUGAAACGUGUCGACAUGACCAAUCCCCGCUACAGUAUCAACAGCGAAGGAAGCCUUCAAAUAGACAACAGUGAAGAAAGCGACAUGGGACGGUACGAAUGCGUUGCAGAAAACUCUGUCGGUACGGAGCACACCAAGCAAACAAACCUGUACGUUAAAGUUCGUCGCGUUCCGCCGACCUUCUCCCGUCCACCGGAGCCCAUCUAUGAGGUAAUGCUAGGAGGGAACCUAACUUUGACCUGCGUUGCGGUCGGAUCGCCUAUGCCGUACGUCAAAUGGCGCCAGGGAAUUGACCACGAUUUGACACCGGAGAACGAUGUCCCGGUCGGACGAAAUAUUUUGGAGUUAAGUGACAUACGACACAGCGCCAAUUACACCUGUGUCGCGUCCUCGACUCUCGGCGUGAUUGAGGCUACCACGUUGGUUAAGGUACAAUCACUGCCGGCGGCACCGACUGACGUAACGAUAUCGGAGGUAACCGCAACCCAAGUUCGCUUGGAGUGGUCGUACAAGGGACCGGAGGAUUUACAGUACUACGUCAUUCAGUACAAGCCGAAGAAUGCCAAUCAGGCGUUCAGCGAAAUCAGCGGCAUUAUUACCAUGUUUUAUGUAGUGCGGACACUAAGUCCAUACACGGAGUAUGAGUUUUAUGUGAUCGCAGUGAACAAUAUCGGUAGAGGGCCGCCCUCGCUGCCUGCCACGUGUACCACCGGAGAAACAGAAAUGGAAAGUGCACCGAGGAGCAUUCAAGUGCGCCCGUUAAGUUCAUCGACAAUGGUUAUCACUUGGGAGCCACCUGAGACGCCUAAUGGACAAGUGACGGGCUACAAAGUGUAUUACACUACCAGUCCGAACCAGCCGGAAGCUUCCUGGGACUCGCAGAUGGUGGACAACAGCGAAUUGACGACCAUCUCGGAACUGACGCCGCACGCAAUCUACACCAUCCGAGUUCAAGCGUUUACCUCAAUGGGUGCCGGUCCGAUGUCCAACCCGGUGCAGGUCAAAACACAGCAAGGCGUUCCCUCCCAGCCGAGUAACUUCCGGGCUACCGAUAUUGGCGAAACAGCUGUCACUCUCCAGUGGUCCCGGCCGACCCAUUCGGGCGAGAACAUCGUACACUACGAGCUGUACUGGAAUGACACCUAUGCAAACGAGCAGCAUCAUCAACGCAUCCCGAACACCGAAACCUACACGUUGAGCAGUCUAUAUCCGGAUACGCUGUACUACUUUUGGCUGGCGGCCCGUUCCCAGCGUGGUGAAGGGGCAACCACGCCGCCAAUUCCCGUUCGAACCAAGCAAUACGUACCUGGUGCACCACCACGUAAUAUAACUGUUGAAGCCACCAGUCCGACGACGAUCAACGUGUCCUGGUUGCCGCCUCCGGUGGAGCGCUCGAACGGGGCCAUUGUGUACUAUAAAGUGUUUUUCGUCGAGGAUGGCCGCUCCGACGGCGAGGCAACGGUAACCACCCUCAAUUCCACCAGUCUCGUGCUGGACGAGCUGAAACGCUGGACCGAAUACAAGAUCUGGGUGCUCGCCGGGACCACCGUUGGCGACGGGCCCCGCUCCUACCCGGUCACUGUUAGAACCCACGAAGACGUGCCCGGAGACCCACAGGAUGUCAAAGCCACACCAGUUAACUCUACCACCAUACACGUUUCCUGGAAGCCACCGAAGGAGAAAAACCGGAACGGAAUCAUCCGCGGGUACCACAUUCACGUGCAAGAAAUGCGCGAUGAGGGCAAAGGGCUACUGAAUGAGCCGAUGAAAUUCGACGUGGUGGAUGCACUGGAGUACAACGUAACCGGACUGCAGCCGGACACGAAGUAUUCGGUACAGGUAGCAGCACUUACCCGCAAAGGAGACGGUGAUCGAAGUGCUCAAAUUUCCAUCAAAACCCCGGGAGGUGUUCCUAUACGACCAACGGUCAAUCUGAAGAUUCUCGAACGGGAUCCAACCGUAUCUAUUGAGCUCGAAUGGGAACGACCGAAACAAACCUAUGGGGAACUGCGGGGCUACAGAGUUAAAUGGGGAGUUCGCGAACAACCGUUAACUGAAGAAACUAUGCUAGGACCGCAUACGCUAACUAAACGUAUUAAUGAUUUGGAGCGGGGAGUUGAGUAUGAAUUUAGAGUUGCUGGCAUGAACCAUAUUGGAAUCGGACAGGAAGCCGUAAAGUACCUGCAAACACCGGAAGGAACUCCGACCGGUCCUCCGACAGAAAUUAUAGUACGUUUCCAAACUCCAGACGUAGUUUGCAUCACUUGGGAACCUCCAACAAGAGAACACCGAAAUGGGCAAAUAACGAGAUACGACGUACAGUUCCAUAAAAAAAUAGACCAUGGCUUGGGAACUGAACGAAACACUACAAUCAGAAAAGCAGUGUUUACUAAUCUAGAAGAAAGCACAGAAUACGUUGUACGAGUUCGGUCAUAUACUAAACAAGGAGCUGGUCCAUUCAGCGAAAAGAAGAUCAUAUCUACCGAGCGCGAUAUGGGACGAGCCCCGCUUUCGGUUCAGGCAGUAGCCACAUCAGAACAAACAGUAGAGGUUUGGUGGGAGCCUGUCCCUUCUCGCGGUAAGCUUGUUGGGUACAAGAUUUUCUACACCAUGACAGCAGUUGAGGAUCUCGACGAAUGGCAAACUAAAGUAGUUGGUGUAACCGAGUCUGCCGAUCUUUUAAAUCUAGAGAAAUUUGCUCAAUACGCUAUAGCAAUCGCUGCCCUGUAUAAGACCGGGCCUGGCCGAUUGAGUGAAAAGGUCACGGUCAAGGUAAAACCUGAAGACGUUCCACUGAAUCUUAGAGCCCAUGACGUGAGUACUCACUCCAUGACUCUGAAUUGGGCUCCCCCAAUUCGAUUGAACCCCAUCAACUAUAAAAUAUCAUUUGAUGCUGUAAAGGAAUUUGUCGAUUCUCAAGGUAUACCACAAAAACAAAUCCUACCCAAACGAGAAAUCGUGUUAAAGAGUCAUGUGACUUCUCAUACCAUCGGCGAGCUAUCUCCGUUCACUACGUAUUUCGUGAAUGUCAGCGCAAUUCCAACGGAUUACUCAUAUAAACCACCAACCAAAAUCACCGUAACAACCCAAAUGGCUGCGCCUCAACCAAUGGUACAACCUGAUUUCUACGGUGUGGUAAAUGGAGAAGAAAUACAGGUUAUUCUACCGCAAGCUUCAGAAGAGUACGGACCAAUCUCCCACUAUUAUUUAAUCGUUGUUCCGGAAGACAAGUCCAACCUGCACAAACUACCUGAUCAAUUUUUAACCGAAGACUUACUGCCCAGCAAAACUCGAUCGGCACUAACAAACGCACCUUACAUCGCUGCCAUGUUUCUCCAGCGAAACAUUCCGUACACCUUCCAUCUGGGAUCUGGCGAAGCAAAUCACAACUUCACCAACAGAAAACUGGAACGCGGUAAACGAUAUCGCAUAUUUGUGCGUGCCGUUGUCGACACCCCACAAAAACAUUUGUACACUUCGAGCCCGUUCUCGGAGUUCCUCGCGUUAGACAUGAAAGAAGCACCCACGGGUGAGCCACCACAUAGACCAAACCCAAAUGUGCCCCAAGAUCCAGAGAUUCUGAUACGUGGUAAAAACGAAGAACCGGGAAUGAUAUGGGUUGUUGGUCCCAUCAUAGCCGCCUUAUUCUUGUCAUCUUGCCUUAUAGCUUUCUACUUCGUGCGUCGUCGAAGGCAGCCCUAUAAAACACCAGAUCAAGCGGCCGUUACGCGACCAUUGAUGGCUGCCGAUUUGGGAGCUGGACCUGCACCAACUGAUCCCGUUGACAUGCGUCGACUGAAUUUCCAAACACCGGGCAUGAUCAGUCACCCACCAAUUCCGAUAUCGGAAUUAACAAAUCACGUAGAACGUUUAAAAUCUAACGACAACCUAAAGUUCUCCCAGGAAUAUGAAAGCAUAGAACCGGGUCAACAGUUCACAUGGGACCAUUCAAACAUGGAAGUAAACAAACCGAAAAAUCGCUACGCCAACGUUACCUCCUACGAUCACAGCCGUGUGAUUUUACAACCAAUAGAAGGCGUCCCAGGUUCAGAUUAUAUCAACGCAAACUACUGCGAUGGAUACAGGAAACACAAUGCGUAUGUGGCAACACAGGGUCCACUGCAGGAAACGUUUGGCGACUUUUGGCGCAUGUGCUGGGAACUGAAAUCGUCAACCAUCGUGAUGAUGACGCGGCUUGAGGAACGAUCGCGUAUCAAAUGCGACAUGUACUGGCCGGCGAGAGGCACCGAAGUGUACGGUGUGAUGACCGUGACAAUCACAGAAACUCAGGAAUUAGCAACAUACAGUAUAAGGACCUUCCAAAUUUGUCGCAGCGGCAGUAAUGAGCGAAGAGAGAUAAAGCAGCUGCAGUUUACUGCGUGGCCUGAUCAUGGCGUUCCGGAUCAUCCAGCUCCAUUCCUUCAAUUUUUAAAGCGCACCAAAGCAUUGACUCCACCUGAUUCCGGACCAAUUGUUGUACACUGUUCGGCAGGUGUCGGAAGAACCGGGUGCUACAUCGUGAUAGAUUCAAUGCUGGAACGGAUGCGCCACGAGAAGAUGAUUGACAUCUAUGGACAUGUGACCUGUUUGCGAGCGCAACGAAACUACAUGGUACAGACGGAGGAUCAAUACAUUUUUAUUCAUGACGCACUGCUGGAGGCGGUUAUCUGCGGAAACACCGAAGUUCCUGCCAGAAGCUUACACAAUCAUAUCCAAAAACUAAUGCAGACCGAGCCGGGAGAGAACAUAACGGGAAUGGAAAUGGAAUUCAAGAAACUUUCCAACGUGAAGGCCGACUCUGCUCGGUUCGUGACCGCUAACUUGCCGUGCAAUAAGCAUAAGAACCGUUUGGUUCACAUACUGCCAUACGAAGCAUCACGGGUUUGCUUAACGCCCAUCCGAGGUGUCGAGGGGAGCGAUUACAUCAAUGCCAGCUUUGUUGAUGGUUAUCGAUAUCGGAAUGCUUAUAUAGCUGCACAAGGGCCACUCCAGGAAACUGCCGAAGAUUUCUGGCGGAUGCUUUGGGAACACAACUCUACCAUUGUUGUGAUGCUGACCAAAUUGAAGGAAAUGGGUCGAGAAAAAUGCUUCCAAUAUUGGCCACACGAACGGUCGGUUCGAUACCAGUACUACGUCGUGGAUCCGAUCGCCGAAUAUAACAUGCCACAGUACAAGUUGCGUGAGUUUAAAGUGACCGAUGCUCGAGACGGUUCCUCCCGCACGGUUCGCCAGUUCCAGUUCAUCGAUUGGCCAGAACAGGGCGUUCCGAAAUCGGGUGAAGGCUUUAUUGAUUUUAUCGGACAAGUGCACAAAACGAAAGAGCAGUUUGGACAGGAUGGGCCCAUCACGGUGCACUGUAGCGCUGGAGUUGGCCGAACCGGUGUAUUCAUUUCGCUUAGCAUAGUGUUGGAGCGGAUGCAGUACGAGGGCGUACUGGACGUGUUCCAGACGGUACGGAUAUUACGAUCGCAACGGCCGGCAAUGGUGCAAACCGAGGAUCAGUACCAAUUCUGCUAUCGAGCCGCGCUCGAAUAUCUGGGUUCGUUUGACCAUUACGCCAACUAAAUUAGGAAGAGAAAGCACAAUAUGAAAAAAAAACAAAACCAACCACAGGAUGCAAUAUAUGAUAGCAAACUGAUACCUAAAUCGUGAAAAGAUGGAACAAUCGCCAGUAGUUCAGAGACAACUGUAGUACCAGAUAAGUGAGAAAAUCAUUCCAGACUCAAUGAUACAUUAGACAUGCGAAUCAUCGCCCAUCACGCAUAUUUCAAGGAUAUUCCAUAUUACUCAGUUCAUAUGAAGGCAGUAAGCAGCCUCUCGAUAGGAAAAAUAAUUCAUCACAAUUAUAAUCGAUUCAUGGCAUACGCGUUCUAUAGGCGUAACCGAUAAAGAGAAAAGUGGUGGUAAUUCUAAAUAGCUCUCUAGAAAAGACUUUUUUUUAUUAAACGGUGACCGCACCGAAGAUAUCAAUCAUCAUCAACCAAGCACCGAGUGCGGCUGUUCGAAAAGAAACGAUAGCGGGAACGAUCAUCUCACUCUCUAACAGACAUCAAGUAUUUGGUCAAUCAAAAUUAAUAGCGUUAAAGGAACACACAAUCUUUUCGAUCGAGAUCUAAUGUAGUAUUUUAAAUUUACCUAGAGCAAAAUUUGUCGUUCAACGAUCCUAACAAGCAGAAGAAAAAAAACAUCCAUAGUUAGAAUGAAAUCUAUAGCAAAUCGGUAAAUCAAUAUCAAAAACGUAGAAUCAGGUCAUUUAGAUAAAUUUCAACCAACAAAAAAAAAUGGUUAACCAUUUUCCAGGAUAUAAAGUUACUACUUACCAAGAGAAUAGCGGCCCAGAAAAUGUGUUGAGACGGCCAAACAUAUUGCAGCAUCGCAUAGAAGUCAGGUCUUCUAAAGGCAUCAGAAAGCAUCAGCAUUUGUAUAAACCGGACGACUACAAAGAAACGCUUUACAUUUAAGCUAUAUUGUGCGUUACAGCCGAUGAUGUGUGCGUUGAGUGGAAAACAAGUCACUGUGUAUUUUUUAUAAGAAGAAAAGCGGCACACACACACCCACAGCAAAUAACAUUGCAUUCAUUGAAGGCACUCGUCGUUGUGUCUUGUGUUUCGUUUUGUUGAAGCAGCGCAAAGUGAGUUAAAAUUCGUCAGACUGAUAUUGUAAAUUGUAAAACACUAACUGUAGAAAGGUAUCGGAGAGAUAUGUAUAAUGCUAAGAGAAAAAAAAGUAAACAAAAGAAAAUCAGAUAUAUUAGACCAGUUGACCUGUUUGAAUGAUGUGCAAAAUAUAAUAAAGCGAACCUUUGAAAGAAACAGCUUGAUUAAGAUAUAUAGGUGAAUUCUAAUGCCGUAGAGUAGGCAACAAAGCAACUAUAUCACGAUGUAGACUUGUAAGCAGCUAUCUAGCUUAGGUUUAUACUACAACGUAUCUCGGAAGUGGCACAUUAUUUCGCGUGAAGCAUGGCUUUGCAAGCCAGAAGGACGCACCACACACGUGAUGCAUCACAAUCAACCGUUCUAAGGAAUCUGUGCUUAGUUUUAGUAGCCGUACGUACCGUAUUGCUUUUCGUCCUUCUUCGAUUUAGGUUUAUCUUUGAACGUAAUAAGUUAUACUUAACCACAACGUAAUAGCACAUAUACAUGAUAUUAUACGAGUAACUUUCUGUGAGCGUCGUAGAUCUAACUGAGAGACCCUUGAGAAAGUGCUAGCUAAGUGCACGUCCAUUGAAACUUUUUAGUUCGUCCAGAUAUGUACUGAAGCAGUUUUGAGCAUUGCAAUUCCCGGCAGUCUGAGUGCGCGCGAAGGUUGUAUGUUUUCUGACGCGAUCACCUAUAAAUAUUCAUAUCAGGCUAUUUAGGCCGGACCGAAGCAAGAAUAACUACAACGAGUACAAUAGGUCUCUCCUAGGUUAAAGUUCGACAGCUUGGGUGCUGCUAAUCUGUAUUUUGAUACUCUGACAGGUGCAGCUGAUUAGUUUUUUCCUUUCAUCUGUUCAGAUAUUAAAAAAUAAUCAAUGCGAUUAUUAUUUCCCGCAAUGGUUAUCUGUCUAGCGCAGAGGAAAACAAUCACGGUUAUAUUAAAAUGACAGAAAAAUCUACUGCUGGUGCUGGUGAGACAUCCAAAACAUAAAAUUACUAAGUUCGAUAGCAUACAAGCAUUUGUAGGUGAAAUCUGCCAAAAAAAGCCUCGUUGAUCCUUGCUGAUUUGAAUAAAACUUUCAACAUAUCUUUGGCGAAGGAAAUGAUCCCUUUUUUCCACCGGUCAAUUGACCUGCAAAGUUUCAUUCACAUCGGAGAGGAUCAACUUGAACCUCAUUGAAGCUCAUUUCACCAGGAAUUGCUCAUACCUAUAUGGCAUUUCUCAAUUUUUUCAAAAAAGAAACUUUUACUUUAGAUGCGGAAUCAUCAUGAAAUUUUACAAAAAGAAGCAAACUUGAGAAAAACAAUAAAAAUUAGUUAAAUUUAACGCCAUAGCAAUGCACCAAACAAUAGUUGUUCAAAUGCACGCCAUAAAGCAUUUAGUUUUACGCAACACCAAGAAAUGAGUGGCUAAAUUGAUUGUGUUAGUAUUUUUAACACCCGCAUAUGUGUUGUCGCUAAAUUAAUUAAGACUUAGUAAUCACAAAGCGGUUAAUUUGUACUAAAAACGUGUAAUAUUAAGCAUGGACAAAAAGUGAACAAUAUUUGGUCUGCACGUAGCAAACAAUUAGUGGCAAGUAACGUUUACCUUUAAGUGUACUAUAAAUAUAUUGAGUGGGAUUUGAGUUUAAGGCGCAAAAGGCAUAGACAUUUCUUACUACCGUGAAUGCUGAUAAAUAUUUUACGUUUUGUGUGUGCAGUAAAAAAAAAGCCUAGACUCGUCGAAACUGACCGCGCAAAUUUUCCUUUCAACACAAUCAUCCUAUUCCUGUUGUCGCUUUCGACCU